CAUCAUCCUGCGAUCUCCAACCAGCAUUACACCGUACUAACGCACCGGAAGACAAGACACCCUGCGCAUGCACUAACCAGCUCAGGACUCGGUACAAGGUGUAGUUGUAGCCCAACGAGACACAGGCGUACUCACAAACAAACACCUUACCUACAUACCGCUUCCAUAGCUGCGCCAGCGACCUAGUCCAGCAGCGCAGCGUCCGAGGAUGACGUCCUUCAUCAACACAAUCAACAGUAAUGCCCGUUCCGGUCGCGGCACUGCCUUUCAACCACAGACACGCAAGAAGGGCACCAACAGCUGGCAGCUUAAGCAGUUCGCCGAAGCAACUCUUGGGAGUGGCAGUCUUCGCAAAGUGGUGCAGCUGCCCGAGGGCGAGGACCGAGACGAAUGGCUGGCCGUCAACGUGGUCGACUUCUACAAUCAGAUCAACUUGCUCUAUGGCGCCAUCACUGAGUUCUGCUCCCCACAGUCCUGUCCCGAGAUGAAGGCCACGGACGAAUUCGAGUACCUGUGGCACGACCCACCUGCGUUUCCUAAGCCUACUCGACUGCCAGCUCCCACCUACAUCUCGCACCUCCUCGCGUGGACAUCAAAUCACCUCUCGAACAGCACCGUCUUUCCAACCCACCCCGGUGUUCCGUUUCCCUCGAACUUCCAGCAAACCAUUCGCACCAUUUUCAAGCGCUUGUAUCGGAUAUACGCGCACAUAUAUUGCCACCACUACGCCGUGAUCAGGGGCUUGGGCCUGGAAGCACACCUGAACACUGGGUUUAAGCAUUACGUGCUUUUCGUGGAGGAAUUUGGCUUGGCAGACGAGAAGGGAAAUAAGAAGGGGGAGUGGUACGGGCCAUUGGGAGAGCUGGUGGAGAGCAUGUUGAGAAGCGACUGAGAUAUGGAAAGUCUGUGCAUAGUAAUGGAGUUCAGGAACACACUGGGGCGGCGGAUGGGCGCAUUGUACGAUCAAGACAUGACUUGGCAGAGCUGCAAGGGCAGCCACGGGCAGAUCACAGCUGUACGAAUAAUGAGCACCGACGGGCGUAUUAGACAUGGAUUCUUGAUAUAACGUAGGAGCGUGACUAAUAGUGUUGGGCAACGAAUCAGUUCUCGUCAACGCGAGGCUGGGCUCUCUUUGGUUGCUUGCUAUCCUGCACAUCGUGCGCUCAUUAAUCAGUGUACUUUCUUUUCGCGUGUUGCAUCUACGAACGGCAGAGCAGCUAUCGGAUGAUGCUGCAUCUGUCGAGCGCCUCCGACAGCUCUGGUCGGUCUUGCAAUAGCUCUCUCGCCGUCCGAUACGACAUCCACUUUCGCUCUCUCUUGUAUUGCUCGGGCCAAGUAUCGCGCUCCACAGUGACCGUUACUUCGUAGAAGCGGUACAGCGCCUUGGGCGCCAUCAGCCCGUGCUUUCUAAUGGUCGCCUCGCUCCUCUUCUCCUCGAUCGUGCCCAGGUCUUUUUGAAUUCGACAUUCGAUGCCAGCCUCUUCCCAGGCCUCUCGGCAGGCUGCUUCCUGACAAGUCUUCUCGUCCGUUUCCCAGCCUCCCUUGGGCAAUACCCAGCCCUUUCUACUCGAGCUCUGAAUCAUCAAUACAUGGCUCCGCUCGGCGUUGAGGGGCACUACGCCUGCCACGAGCCUCUCGCCAUUUGGACCAUACCUCUGUCUAUCCCUUCCCGUUCUCGCAUUCAUCGACCGUUCACCCUGCUGCGGCUGCGCUUGCUGGGCCAUUGUCGGCUGCUUUUGGUCGUGUGAGAGACGGACCGCGCCCAGGAAAUUGUGCUCGCUCGCUUGCUCGCUCGUCAGAGAGAAUCUGUUGUUCGUCGCCGCGAAAUUGGUGGUGAAAACUGCAAGGGCUUCCAGAUCCCGUCCACCACGUUAGGAGCGGUAGUGAGAUCUCAGGUACGAGUGCAACUGCAACUGCAACUGCAACUGCCAAGCACGCAAAAAAGCGCACAAUGUGACAAGACGACAGGAUGGAGUCCUCACACCCGCUUGCGGCGGGCUGGCGACGGGGAGUGUCUGGCCUGGGUGGGCGAACAAGGCCUCUGAAAUGUGG